AUGCCACUCAAUUCUCUCAGGGAUGCCAUUGGACAUGUUGAAAACGCACUGUUCAUAAUGAAGGCAAAGAGACACGAGAACCAGAGCGACGGUAUGGCAUACGGGAACAAUUACCACCAAUACCACAACUCAGCACCGAUUAUACCUCAAAAUUCUCCUCCUCAGCAUAACUAUGGCCAGCCGCCCUACUGUCCACCGGCUGGAUGGUCACAACACUGGGACCAUAGCAGUCAACGCCACUACUACAUGGAUCAAGCCACCAGUCGUUCACAAUGGGAGCCGCCAGCGAAUCAGUUUCACCAGCCGCCUAGACCUACAUCAGCGCACCAGCAACGAUAUUCUGACGAGCAAGUGCGAGGCAACAGCUCUGGAGAGCACAACAGGCAACAUUUGAGACCGCAUAGUAACUCGAAUAUGUCGCAAGUGUCAAGGAACGGUAGCCCACUGCCGAGAGCAAUGUCCAUACCCCCUGGCUAUUCGCUCGAUACAAAGACAGGGCAGCUCGUCAGUACCAUGUUGCCGCCUGCUGGUCAUCACAGUGCACCUGUCAAAUACUGGUGA